CUUGCACAUGUAGAUGGCAAUUUGUACAAAAAAACCAUUCGAACUUUUGUUGGUAUAUGCUCGAAUGUUAGAUCGACAUGCGGUGUUGAUGGUGCUUUCUCGAGGACUAACAAAAGCAGCUAAGCACUGGUUCGAAAUGCAAUAUGAAGUGAGUGCUUUCACUGAUUUCCCAUAAUGAUAGUCUCCCAGGGUAUACUUGUGGCCGUGGACCAGAGAUAUCUAUAUAUGUGGGACUCGGAAAUUGGCCCUCGAUAUUAAAUCUUGCUUUUGUAUUGGCACUUAUCUGGGAUGAAGAGCUUUCAGCAUCUCUCCGCUCUGCCAACUCUUGAUUCCCUGGGCGCCACCAAAGCCAUCGCCGAGGCAGCUUCUCCUAUAGACGAGGCCAACAAGUGGUUCUAUGCCUUUGUCGAGGCUGUUCGCACGAGCGAUAUAGCUUCAAUUGUCGACCUCUUCCACGAAACCGGUUCCUGGAGAGAUGUCGUUGCCCUUACUUGGAGUCUUCGCACACUAGGAGGCAAACAUGAUAUCAAACGCCUUCUUGACGCACGACUCGAGGCGACUGGCCUCACAUCUCUCCAUUUGAGCGAGGGGUCACGUAAAACGCCUGUUCAUGUCGCGCCACUGCCAGACCUGGCGUUUAUUCGUUUUUGCUUCACCUUCGAGACACUUCAUGGGAAAGGUAGCGGCAUUUGCCAUCUAAUCCCCAGCGGCCCGAGCCCCGAAGUGACCUGGAAAGCACAUGCUCUGUUAACACAUCUUGAUACGCUGAAAGUAUUUCCGGUUCAGGCUGGCAUCUUCCGCAGUCACACGAUUUUCAACGGAAUUUGGGAAGAGAAACGAAGACGUGAGUUAGAGUUUCCCGACGGUGAUCCGGAGGUGCUUGUCGUUGGAGCUGGCCAAUGCGGCUUGCAAGUCGCUGCACAUUUGAAGUACAUGGGUGUGUCUACCUUGGUGAUCGAACGUAACGCGCGGGUGGGAGACAGCUGGAGAACUCGAUACAAAUCAUUGUUCCUGCACAAUUCAAUCCAUUUUAAUCAGACGUCUUAUCUGAGAUUCCCCUCCACUUGGCCAUAUUUCAGCCCUGCACCUAAACUUGGCGACUGGUUUGAAGCCUACGCUAAUUUCUUGGACCUAAACGUCUGGACAUCAUCUAGUGUUGUGGAAACAGUCUGGGAUGACACCGCAAAAUAUUGGAAUGUGCUCAUCGAUCGUGGAGACAUGCCACAUCGCUUGAAGGUCAAGCACAUUGUCCUUGCGCCUGGCCACGGUGGCAGCAUCCCUCUAUCCCCAGAUUUUGGUGGCAAGAACUUCUAUCGCGGUAGGGUGCUUCAUUCGUCAGAAUACAAGGCAGGCUCUGGCUAUGUUGGCUCAAAGGUUGUUGUUGUAGGGGCAUGCAACUCAGCGCAUGAUAUCGCGCUGGAUCUAUUUAACCAUGGUGUCGACGUGACUAUUAUACAAAGAUCUUCCACAUUUGUUAUAUCACAUCAGGCCCUGGCAGCUGGACAUGCAGUCACAUACAAUGACGACUUCCCGACCGAGCUUGCUGAUCUUCUCGGGUCCGCAUUGCCUUGGUCAACGCAAAAAUUGAUCACCCAACGCAAUAUUCUUCGGGUAGCCGGAGCAAUCGAUAGGGAUUUACUCGAGGGGCUCAAACGUGUUGGAUUCCAGACGAACCUGGGCCCUGAGGGAGCCGGUCUCAGUGCCUUGGUUUAUGAACGCGGGGGAGGUUUCUAUAUCAACACUGGUGCAAGUGAUAGAAUCAUAGAUGGUAGCAUCAAGCUAAAGAGUGGCUGUUCGGUUGGGCACUUCACCACACAUGGCCUAGCAUUGGAUGAUGGGACGGAGCUACAAGCGGAUGUAGUCAUUUUUGCCACGGGCUUUGGCAACCUGCAUGAUAGCGUGAGGUUGGUGUGUGGCGAGGAAGUUGCGCAAAAGGUCGGGCCCUUAUUUGGGUUGGACAAUGAAGGUGAAGUGCGUGGUGUCUGGAAGGAUAGCGGACACGAGGGUCUUUGGAUUGCGGCCGGAAACCUAUCACGAGCACGCAUUCACAGCAUGCACCUAGCCUUACGUGAGACACACUCUGAGCAUUAUAUGAUUUCUCGCUCACGAUCUAACAGAGAUUAA